GCUUCUAAUUCUUGAGGAUUACAGGGUUCACCAUGACUAUGCGCCAGGAAUACAAAUGAAAGGUUUGUGUUUAGUGGUACCACCAACAUCCUCUGGUUUCUUACCCUGAUCAAGGUGUCUGUGCUUCCUUGUCUGGAUCCCAAGCUGGAGUUAAGAGCCAGUUCCCUGAGCAGACUGCAGUCUAGCCUGCGUUUCCCCUGCCUGCCAUGUAUAAUUACACCCCAGGGUCUUCACACCAGUGAUGCUGGGGUUAGGAAUCCAGCAGUGAUUUAAAUAGCUGGGAGCCCAGCUUGCCUGGAUACACCCUGGAAUCUUGUGAAAUCAGGAGACAUCAGAAAGUUCUUGCAGUGCUAGGUGUUGCCUUGCAGCUGGUGACAUGCCUUUUCAUUUGAGGAUAGUACAACCCACCCACCUGGGAAGGCUAAGUGCCAAUAAUGGGCAUCCACCCCGGGAUGGCACAGCCGUUGUAUUCGGAUCCAUGCUAGAUGUCAGCUCUCACACAAUGCUCUGCAUCAUCCACCAACUCUCUGAUCUCUCCAGGCAUGCAGAGGGGAUAUUCAGCAGCAUCCACAGCCAGGCAGUGGCCCUGGGCAAACGCAGUGCCCACCUACAGCGCAGACUGGCAUGUCUGCACAACACUGUCUCCCACUUGGACCACAAGAAGGUGCCAGUCCCUGUUUCCAAUCUAGAUGAGGAAAGUAAAUGGACAGUCCAUUACACGGCGGCGUGGCACCAACAGGAGAAUGUGUUCCUGCCAUCUUCCAGACCUCCUUGUGUAGAGGACUUGCACAAAGAAGCCAAGCUGAACCUGAAAACGGUGUUACGAGAAUGUGACAAGUUACGGAGGGAUGGAUAUCGCAGUUCACAGUACUACUCACAAGGGCCAACUUUCUCUUCCUCCUCCAGCAUGGUUUGCACACACAGUCAAGAUGAUGAUGAAGAGCAGAAUCACAAGUUAUCAGUUUCUUCGAGUGAAGAGGAAAAGCUCUUGACCAGCAAAAGGUCCAAAACUCCAGUUUUACAAGAGUUUUCUGACACUCACACCAACUGGACCAAGUCCCUUCCACUACCUACUCCAGAGGAGAAGAUGCGCCUAGAGGCUCAGGCGAUACAGACUGAUGUGAUCCCCAUUAAUGUAUCUGGGGAGAAUUUCGACCGCCAGGCCAGCUUCCGGCGGUCUCUUAUUCAUACAGACACUGUUGUAAGACGGCCGAAGAAAGUCAAAAGGAGAAAGACUAUAACAGGAGUUCCUGACAACAUACAAAAGGAGCUAGCAGGUGCAGGACAGACAGAGUUCAGAGGGCACUCUUUGCACAUACCAGAUGACUAUAAUCCACUGGAAAGUUGCAGGCAUUCUACACAACGUAUAGAUACAAGAGAUUUCAGUUGCCAGACGGAAGAAAUAAAGGUUGUCCCUCCAUCAGUAAGAAGGAUCAGAGCACAGAAAGGACAAGGGAUUGCAGCACUCAUGUCUAGUUCAUCAGGAAACAUGUCUGUUUUGAGUGACCCUGCAGGAUGCUCCUCUCGUAUGAAUGGUGAGCUAAACUUCCGUAGCUUACCGAGGCCUGGAGCACGAGUCUGUCUGCAUUCUCUUGAACAGAAGCAUGAAGAGACCAACCAGAUGCAGGAGAGUUGUGUUUCUUUGCCACGACAUCUAGGCAGAUUACAAGUAGACGACACUGUAGUUCACCUGAGGAACAACCCUAGGUCUGGAUCUUUUCAGAGGCCUAAAUCUCAAGAAGUGCGUAGUUCACAAAGUGAAGUUUUGUCAAAUCCAGCUUCAGUGGUCUCACCACAUGCUGCAUAUUCAAUGAGUGUCAUACCAAAUGCCAUGCUGUCUUCAUCUUCUGAAGUGAUUGCUAUUCACACCUCUCAAAGCACUGGCCAGCUGGACAACAAAAUGCCAUCCCACUGUUCGACUCACACAAAGAAUUUAUGCCAUGAACAUAAUACUAGCAUUAGAGGUGAUAAGCAUGUACAUAGCAGCAAUAAUACAAAUUUACCAAGUCCUAUAACCAUGAUUUCCUUAUGUGACUCUGCCAUGUCUCACAACUUAAGGAACAUAAACAAUGUGUCACAAGCAAUGCCUUACAGGAUAAAUACAGGCUUCAACAGCCACUCACAGGACAGCGACACACGCAGUGAAUCAAGCUGCUCUGAUGGAAGACAGAGAAAUGGUAGUAUAACGAGCAGCGUUAAUAGCGCAGAUCACUGGCCAUGUGAACUUGGAGAGAAUGACAGGGGCGCACACUCUAGAAAGCAAUCAUCUGCUGUCUCAAGCUCUCCUGUGAGUAACAUGAGCACAUGCAGCUCAGAGCAGAAAGCAGACUCCAGCUCUUUAUAUUCUGUGGACCAUGAAGGAUAUUACACUUCAAUGCGUAUGGACUCUGGGAUAAGUGCAGGUAACCAAAACAAUGGUAUUCAGAAUCCACGCAACAGUGUCAUUAAUAUCUUUGAUAAGAAAGAGGCACAGACCACAGAUGCAAGGUCAAACUACAGUGACAAAUCACUUACACGAAGCAUAUCUUUGAAGAAGCCCAAAAAGCCCCCACCACCUCCUUCUAGAACUGACUCACUUAGAAGGCCUCCUAAAAAAAAGAUUCAGUCCAAUGGACAAGUGCUCAAUGAAACACUAAUUGCAUCUCUACAGCAGUCCUUACAGCUGAACCUUAAAAGUAAAACUAAUAGCUCACCUUCACAGAGUCCCUGCAGUGACUAUGAGGAUCCUUGGGUUUUGCGAUCACGCAGCCAGAGUACAGUCAGUGCAAGCAGUAGUGGAAUGUCUGCUACAGCAACUAACUUAUACUCCAUAUGUGCUGUUACCCCAUCGCAAAGUGAGACCAGUAGCAUAAAAUCAGAAUAUACAGAUCAGUGGAGUUACCUUACAGACUAUGCACAGAGUCCUGAUGAUCAGUCAAAAGCACUUGCAACUCAUUCUCAGAACAAAUGUACUCGACUCAAUGAUUACAAUACUUGUGAGCUGACAUAUGGUAUGAGAACUUCAAUGCCACAAGUGUACACUGGAAUGUCUAAACCAAAUGUUGCGUCUCCUGAAAAGUCUUGUAGAGUCACAUCACCAUCCAGUGGAUAUUCAAGCCAAUCAAACACUCCUACCACCCUAACUCCUGUUCCUGCCCAAUUUAAAAAUGCUUCACCAGGAAAUGGACCAAACAAAGUUAAACCCAAAGUGCCUGAAAGACGAUCAUCUCUGAUAUCAUCUGUUUCCAUUUCAUCUUCAUCCACUUCCCUUUCUUCAAACACCUCUGAUUCUGUACAACAGAGUGGGAAAAAGUCCACCAUUGUAUUGCCCUCAUCUCAUGCCCCUCCAACACCUCCAUUAACUCCUGAACCACCCCCUCCACCGGCAAUGGAAUUUGUGGAUGUUGAUAACUUACCAUCGUCACCAAAUUUUCCACCUCCACCACCAGAGGCAACACUGUUUCCGUCUACGUCUGAUGGAACUAUGUGGCUACCAGACUCACAGAAUACUGCUAAAUAUGUACCCAUUAAUUGUCCUCCGCCUCCUCCUCUGCUGUCAAUAGUUCCUCCUUUUGCUCCCCCGCUGAACACCAAAUUGUUUAAAACAAACACUGAGAUCACACACCGAAGAAAAGAUGGCCCUAAAUUUCAUAAUACUAAUCAAAACAGCAAACAAGAACUAUUAAGACCAGUAGUGCCUCUUGUUACUGCUGAUGUGCUGCAAACGGUGCAGUUAAAAUCUGUUAAAAAAGUUAAUAAAACAGAGCAUGAAAAAUUAGCUGAGCAGGUGCCAGAGACAAACCUUCAUGAUAAAACGUCAUCUUUAUUUUCACAGCCAUCAUUAGUACCAUCUGCCUCUUUCGAUUUCAAAUCCAACAUUCGCUCCAGAGAAAAUAAAAAUUGCAACACAACAGAUGAAGAGCUACAAUAUCCUGCUAAUCGAAGAAAUACAGCAAAAUUAACUACUGGUGAAAUUUCAACAGAAAAGCCACUGCUAGGAAACAGAGAAGACAUAGAUCAAACUUCAGCUCACAAUGGAAGCACAAUUACAUCCGAAAUAUCAUUGCCACAAGAGAAAUCAAGCACUUCACAAUUUACACCAAAUGCCUCUCCCAACAAGAAGCCUCCUCCUGUUUCAAAGAAACCCAAAUUGUUCCUUAUCGUUCCACCUCCGCAGAUUGAUUUGGCAGCAGAAAAAAUAGCUCAAGUCAUUGAAAAUGAGAAAACUAUGCCAACUGCCUAUGAGAGAGAUUCUAUAAGCGGAGAUUGUGAAGAGGUAAAAGGACAAAAAGAGGCUGAAAACCGUUCAGAUGAGACAGUUGCAUUUACUAGCCAUCCGGGAGAAGCUAGUUUAUUCUCUUAUGAAGUGAGAGAAGAGGAGACAUUUUUUGCACAAUCUCCAUUUCUAGAAGCCCAGAAUUAUCAGAAAGAGGGGGAACCCCCAGAAAUGUCAGAGGGAUUUGAUGUUCCAGAUGGAAAAUCAAAAAGAUUUGGCUUUGUCCAAGAAAAACUACUCAAGGUGGAGGAUUGUGCGGAGGUCUUUGAGAAAGAAGAUGUAAAGGCUCCACUUUCUCUGAAGAGCAACUUCAUAGAGGGUAAUGAGGAACCCAUGACUCCAACUAAACCAAGAACCACAGAGGAUCUUUUUGCAGUAAUUCACAGAUCCAAAAGAAAGGUUCUAGGCCGCAAGGAUUCUGAUGACGAUCCACGCAAAAACUCCUCUCCACCAGUGACUCCAACAGGGACUUCCCCCAAUAUCAGUACCUUCAAGCAGGCUGGUUCAAUCCAAAGAAGUAUUCGAAAGUCUAGUACAAGCAGUGACAACUUUAAAGCUCUACUCUUGAAGAAGGGGAGUCGAUCAGAGUGUGGAUCACGUAUGUCAGCUGCAGAAAUGCUGAAGCAUACUGAUCCAAGGUUUCAUAGAUCCAAUUCAGAUUCAUCACUGGAGCUUCCAGAAAGCCCAACAUUGUCUUCCCCAAAUAAUAGGAAGGCACAGGAGGAAUGGGCCAAGAGUGAGGGGCUUAUGCCCAGAAGUAUGUCAGUCUCGGGAACUAGGUACAGUCGCUCCAGAACACCACCUUCAGCAGCCAGCAGCAAAUACAAUGUCCGUAGUAGACUUCAGAGCAGCCCGAUGACUGUCAUUUGUGAAGGAGAAGGUGAAGCUGCUGAUGUUGGAGAAGGUAACUUCACAAAGAUGCCUUUGAUGUGCACAAAAAGUUUGGAUCGGUUUUAUAAAAUGGACUCUGAAAUAAAUGAAUCUGGGGAUACUGAAAAGAACAAUGACAAACUACACAUAGACUUGAUGAAUAGGCUUUCAGAAGUUGAUGAUGCUGACUCAUGAAGAGAGAAAAGCUUUCCUCGAUGAAAUAUAACAAAUCCCAAUGAAGCACUGUAAAGACCUGGACACAAAACCGUGUUGUGUGUGCUCCUCCUAUGGUAUCUGUAUAUUAAAUGCUGUAGCAUUGCAGUUUAUUUAAAGUAAGGUUUGGCAGGGAUAACCCAGUAUGCAGCAACUGCAAAAGGUUGGAGCCAGGGCCAAUAGAGAUGCAAGGAUGCUUUUUUUGUUGUUCACAUUGGGAAGAAAGUGGCAACACUAUCCAAUCCAUUAACCGAAGGGUGCGAUGCCAAGGACACAUUAUACUGGCCACCCUGCUAUUGGACUAUGAGUCUCAUCAUCUUCUGCCAAUUAGAGCUAUGGAAGGUAUAGUCCAGCUGUGGUUGGAAAGAGAGCCAUAUGUCAAAGCUUGCUUUAUAGUGUUAGGCUUAUAAAGCAUAGUGAGAUCUACUAAACAGGGUAUGGUGGGGUUGUGGAUGCAUUGCUAAUAGGAUCUUUUCUGGAUAACAAUCCAAGCCUUAUAUGCAGAGUGCAAUUUGUGGGCUAGAAGAGGGCUUGUCGAGCUAACUCAGAUCUCUGGAUUAUUAUUUUGGUACUGUGUUAUUUCCUAGGAGUCUCUUCCUUUUACUAUUAUUAAAUCACCUCUUAUGUGUAUUUUUAGCUGCUGUGCAGCGGUACAAACCCUAUUUGUUUUUCUUAUAUUUUUUUUUUCAAGCAAAAGUACAACAGAAAAGAACAAAAAACUGUUUUAACAUACAUGCUUUGAGCAGUGCAUCAUUUCCUUAGAUUCAAAGGAAGACAACUUAAAAUGAAGGGUUUAAAAUACAGAGCCCAUUUCCUAAGGCUGUGAUGGCUAAUCUGUGGCCCUGCAAUCUUUGUUGACUAGAAGUCCAAAGGAUGCCAUUUCACUGGUUUGGCACCUUGAGGAAACCCCCACGACUGCCACAGUACCAUAGAUUAGCCAUCACUGUUAUACGGACUGCAGUGAAGAGUACCUCUGAGGGUACAUUGAAAUUAUGUCCACACUACCAUGGUUUUAAAUAGUUUGCUUAUAAAGGGCCCGCAAACCAAUUGCAAUUUUUGCUUCUGAUUAAUUCUUCUCCCUUAAAACCUAGAUUCUUUUUCUAAAUCUGAGAACUUUUGCACUACAGAGCAAUUUGUGUAACCUUUUACUUUUUUGCCAUUAAAAUUACUAACUACAUUAUCUACAAUUAGAAAUGGAUUAUAUAUAUAUAUCAUAUAUAUUAUCCAAUAUAUAAUAUAUUACACACAUAAAAACAGCAAAAAACACAACAAAAAAAAACUUUGGUUACCAAAGAGAAUUUUUUCUUAACAUGCCUAUAAAAUUCCUUAUGUUUUUACGUGUUUAGAAAUAUAAAGGCAUUUUAGAAAUUGGAGCUUUUGCAAUUUUUAUUACCACUUUAUAGCAUCGUUUUGAUGUUUUGUGUAGUUUUUAUAUUGUUUGUAUAUAUUAGAAGCUCUAAUUCUACACUUUUUACCUGCAUUCAAAAUUUGUACAUUUUUACACGUUUUAGAUUAAAAACAAAAAACAAAAAAAAAGGGGGUGUGGGGGUAAAACCUAUAGUUAACCCAUUGGCUGCUGGAGGGCCUACAGCCAUCGCCAAGCAAUUUCAGGCACUCCAGCCAGCUGUGAAAUACAGCUGUUACAAUAGUCAGUCAAGGGUUACAAAAUAAUGCACUCAAUGUUUGGUAGCCUUCAUCUCUCCUCUCCCCCGCCAGCAGCAAAUGUGUUAAUUUAUUUUAGUUCUUGUGAAUUGUGGCUGUGACUCCAAUCCUUGGUAUUACUGUAUGCAUUCCAGGGGCCUUCAUUUUAUUAGGAACAUGAGAAUGCUGUGACUAUGCUUCAAAUAAAUCAAGGUUGAAAUACA